ACCAGUGCCAAUGGACGGCAUCACACCAAUGUUUACCAAGAAACUGUCCGACGUUGACUGUGAAAGCGGUGAGGAGAUUUGGUUGACCUGCAGAGUUGUCGGAGACCCGCUGCCGCACCUGCUUUGGCGACACAACGAUCGAUAUCUCGAGGGCUCUGAUGAUCGCCAUUCAAUAAAGACCCGUGAUAACACCUCAACUUUGGUAAUACGAGCAGUUGAGCCGAGUGACCGUGGGGUCUACGUAUGCAGCGCAGCAAACGAAUUCGGCAAAUCGCAGACCUCCGCUCAAGUGAUCGUAGAUGGUCGCGUGUCUCCAUUUGAGGAACAGGAGGAUUUGGAGGGUGAGAUGGCUUCUCGCCUGAGCAUCGACAGAACCUUGAGUCUUCCUCGAGCUGCACCAGACGGUUUAAUGGUGGAGAGAUCUACUCCCGAAGAGCUGAAGCUUUCAUGGUCUCCCCUGCCCGAUCCGGACAUCACCUAUACGAUCGAGGUUUCCAAGGACAAUGGACGUUGGUGGCAGCCUGUCCUCACUGGCAUCCGCGAGACCUCAGCUGUACUGCCUCCAGAACACUCCUAUCCCCUUCAGCCUAUUCAGGUGCGCCUGUUGGCGGAGAACUCCAAUGGAACCGGUCCCCCGUCAAUGCCGGCCCUCCGG